AUGGACGACUCGAGCAAUCCUUCUCACACAACUGAAUUUUCUCCCGAAGCAGGAAAAAUACAUGGAACUACUUCUACAGAAAAUAUUAACGACAAUCAUGGGUCUAUUUUCGAUGAGUUACAAUCUCCGGUUGGCGGCUCACUUUUUGAUUCUGACUCCGAUUCAUCCGAGGAUGAAGAACUAGAGCCAGUAUCACACAUCCCUGAAUGUCCUUCCCAAAUGAAGCCACAUAUUGGCCAGGUUUUUCAUACCUCGGAUGAUGCUACAGUCUUCUAUAAUAAAUAUGCACGGCAGGUAGGGUUUGACACCCGUAAACGUGGAUCUAAAAGGGUUGGAGAUCUGGUCACAUGGCUAUACGUUGUGUGUAGUAGAGAAGGUGAGAAGCGAGUGAAUUAUAAACAGCCUGAGACUAAACGUAGACGUUCAUCUAGAAAGUGUCUUUGUAAGGCUAAAGUUGCUUUUAAGUUUUGCAAGGGUACUGGUUAUGUUGUUAAACAGUUUGAAGAUCGACAUAAUCACGAUAUGGUUCAAUUACGUCACAAGCGAUUUAUGAGGCUCAAUCGCAAUAUCGACUCAGUGCAUCAGAAAUUCAUAGCAGAUUGCGCAAGUGCAAAUAUCGGGCCCACAUUGACUUUUAGUCUGCUUAGCGAGGUCUUAGGUGGUUUGGAUUACGUCGGAUGCACCAUUGUCGAGGUUCGCAACUAUAGGCGUGAUCUUAGAGCAUAUGUGGAUGGUGCUGAUGCGCAAAUGGUAUUAAAUGAUAUGAAUUGGAAGAAUGAGAUAUGCUCGUCGUUCACCUACGACUUUGAGGUAUUUGCACCAUUCAUGGGCAAAGACAAUCAGAGCAGACCCGUUACAUUUGGUGCAGGAUUGUUAUCGAAAGAGAAUGCUCCUUCUUUCGAAUGGUUGUUCGAAAAGUUUGUUAAAUGCAUGGGCGCUGCUCCCAAAUUGAUCAUUACUGAUCAGGAUUUGGGAAUGAAGGUGGCUGUUGAUAGUGUUCUAGUUGAUACAAGACAUCGAUGGUACAUGUGGCACAUCAUGUUUAAGGUCGUUGAAAAAUUGCCCAAGAAUCAGCUCCACAAUGAGGAUUUAAAGAAGGAGUUAAAUAAAUGUGUGUGGUCGGAGUUGACAGAUCCUGAAGAAUUCGAAGAAACCUGGCAAGAAAUUAUGGAAAAAUACGGCCUUACAAACAACGACUGGUUUUCGACAAUGUUUGCCAAUCGAAAAUUCUGGGUUCUAGCCUACUUCAGGGAUUUUCCAAUGAGUUCAUUGAUUAAGACCACCUCUGUAUCCGAGUCUCGGAACAGUUUCUUCAAGAGGUACACUAAGUCUCGAUGUAAUCUAGUCGAGUUUCUUAUGCAUUACAACAAUGCGUUGGAUGGCCAAAAGAGCAAUAGCAACAGGUUUGAAUAUCAUUACUCCAACACUACCCCAAUGUUGAAAACAAAUUCUGCACUUGAGAGGCAUGCGUCAACAAUCUACAGUGACGGUGGGUUUAAGGCAAUUCAGGAAGAGAUUGAAGACGCAAUUGAUUGUUGCACCAUGGUAAAGACUUCAAUCGAGGAUGACACUGAAAUAUAUGUGAUCAAUGACAAGUUCUCUAAGGACUGGUCCGUGUCUUAUUCCGUCACUGGAGAUUCAUACUCUAAUUUUGUCAAGCCUGUUCAUUGUGGUUUUGUUGACGAUAUUGAAAAGGCUCUCAUUAUCGAUUUGGCAACACAAGAAUGGAGGGAUAUGCAUGGUGAUUAUUUUGAGGUUGCACAGACUAUUAAGGGAAACGUUGACCAAAUUCGUGCAUUCAGACAAAUUAUUGCUGAAGGGAAGAAAGCGAUAUUCGGUGAAGGGAUUGUAUUGUCUAUUAGUGAUAAGAGGCAGAUGAUUGAGAAUUUCUAUAGGUCUCAAGCCCCUAGCGAAGUAGAUGUCCAUCCUCCCGACGUUGUCAAAACCAAGGGUUCAGGAAGACGGCCUCUUACACGCCUUGAGCAAGCUAUGAAGAUGAAGGCAAAGCCUGGUCGUAAAUGUGCCGAAUGCGGCGAGGUUGGUAAUCAUGAUGGAAGAAAUUGCAAAAAGAUUAAGGAGAAGCAGAAGACAAAGUAA